UGAAUGUGGUAAAUAUAACUGCAACAACUAUUACAAUAAAAUGGGAGAAACCGUUUGAUCGACACAGCAAUAUCACUCAUUACGUCAUUUACCUCAAUGCCACCCACGACCAACGGUUGCAUAACACCUUGUCUACUAUGUUAGUUGUGUCUUCCCUCAAACCUUUCACUCGCUAUUCUAUCAACAUACAAGCCAUCAACGAUAUCGGCGUGAGUCCUUUCAGUGAGAUCUAUUUUGCAACGACUAUUGCUGCAGCGCCCACCCAAGCUAUUAAUGUAUCAGUUGCAGUUUGUUCAUCGACCAAAGUUUCAAUUUCGUGGAAACCGCCAGAAACUCCAAAUGGAAAUAUUUCGUUCUAUCAAGUCUACUAUAAUUCGUCAUCACUUGAGAAGAAGAUCGUAAACAGAGACAAACUGUCUACAAAUAUCACAAAUCUGAAACAAUUUACAAGAUACACAAUCUAUGUGACGGCUGUCAACUCAAUAGGCGAUAAGAAACUUGAAGGGCCAAAAAGCAAAUUUAUUAAGAUAAAAACUUUAGAAGAUGCACCUUCUGCACCACUCGACGUAUCUGUAGAGCUGUUUUCAAACGAUCCAUCUCGCCUCACUGUUAAAUGAAAACCACCUGCCUUUAGCAAUGGCAACAUACGGAAUUACACAAUAUUCUAUCAAGCCAUGAGUGUGAAGGGCAGUGAAACUCUACAACUGACAGUCAAUGCUACAAGUAGAAAAGCAGAAAUUAGUGAAUUGAUUGCGUUCACUAAAUACACAGUUAAAGUACAAGCUUUUACAGUGAGACCUGGUAAUCUCAGUAAGGAGCAAUUUGGAGUAACGGACCAAGGACUUCCAAGCCGACCAUUGUCGCUCCAUGCUUCAAAUAUAACAGCCAGCUCGUUUCGGUUAUCGUGGCAAAGGCCGUUGCACAAAAGAGGAAUAAUUACCCGAUAUACAAUAAAAAUUAUCAAAAAUACGAACUAUACAGGAAGAGGACUAUUUGAAGUAGACAGAAUACUUAAUGUUUCUCAGCAAUUUUCUCACAGCAACCUUACUUCGUUGAUUUCGAGUCUUCAACCUAAUAUUGUAUAUGAAGUGUCGGUUGCAGCACAUACUAUCAAGGGAAUGGGUAACGUUAGCAGAAUUUCAACAAAAACGAAAGAUACAGUGUGGUUGUGCACAAAAAAUUUUAUUAAAUAG